AUGCAUUUAGCAAAGAGACAAGAUCUGGCAAUGAUGCCGUUGCCGGUCUUCUCUUAUCCAGACUCAGACAAAGGCAGCAUGAUUCUUGCCAUCACUGGAUCGUUCACUUCAUUCGCCUGCCUUGUGGUAGUGUUACGGCUGUAUGUCAGGACAUUUAUGUUGAAGACUUUGGGGGCUGAUGACUAUGUGAUGCUUCUUGCCAUGUAUGGAUUCUUCAUCGAAUAG